AUGUAUACUGUAUGGGGUCUGCGUUGCAAACAAAUUAUAAUUCCCUUUUGCUCUGCAAGGGUAUAAAAAGCUUUACAGAAAAUGUAAUUGUUUUACAAUUAUAUUUAAUGAUCUCAUGGGAAAAGGGGAGUUGAUAAAGAAUGUUUUUAUGAUAUAAUAUGUUUAUUAAAUGGUUAGUUCCACUCACGUGUCAUCGUCAGCCUUUAGAAACCAGUCGUAGUUCUGGAAGUGGUGCUUGUAGACGUACUGCAGCGAUGCUCUGAUCUUGGGCCACAGAUUCGAGUAGCCCUCCCUGACUUUCAAGGCCACGGCUCCCAGUUGCUUGUCCGCCUUGGUGCUCAUGAAGAUCAGCUUGUUGCAGCGCGCUCCCCAGGUUCUCUGGAUGUGGAUGGCGCGACUUUGGUGGGUCUUCGGGCUGGUUAGCACUAUGCAAAGGACCCGUGUCUCAUUGAAGAGAUUGGGGACGUUCCGGACAUCGAGGCAUGACUUCUACAUACAUCUAUACACAGAUUUUAUAUUUAGCAGCGGAGCAUUGGAGCAGCUGGCCACCAGGAACUGCCUGCAGGAUGAAAUCUUCCUCAGGGAGUGCCUGAAAAGGAUGAAAAGGGCUUCCAGCGAAGGACUUCAGCCCUUUAAAGUGUCGGAAAUGGUGAUUCCCUUCACUUUGCGCCUUAAUUUCUGGCUGUGGCCCUGCGCAUUCCAAGCUGUCUACAAAAACCAGAGCUGGGAAAGCUGUUUCGGUGGAGCAAUCCUGUAUCCAUAUUGCCGUGACGUGCAAAUGCAUGUGCUGGAGUUCCUACUCUAUCACCUCCGACCCUUUGGCCAUGUGAAUCCCCUGCCAGAACUCAGAUCUCCCACUCUUCCCACGACAAUAACCCACCGACCAUUAAACGAUCGCCUGGCCAGGCUUAUGUUCCGGUCGGUGAGGAUAAUCUGCUUGGUCUUAACCUGGCCCAAAAACUACAUUAGUGGCGUGGUGGCAAUUGGCCAAACGUGGGGAACCCACUGCAAUCGAGUGGUGUUCUACGGCAGCUCCUCCAAAACCACUCCUUCUGGAGUGGAGAUUGUGGGCCUGAACAUCAGCGACUCUCGCAGCAAUCUUUGGGGCAAGACCAAGGCCGCUUUUGGCCAUGCUUACAGGAAUUACGCCCACGAGGCGGAGUGGUUCUUCAAGGCGGAUGACGAUACCUACGCGGUGAUGGAGAAUAUGCGGCAGUUGCUUCAUUCCCAUUCCCCUGAAACUCCGAUUUACUUUGGCUCGGCAUUCAAGUUGGCCUCCCAGGUUUACAUGUCCGGUGGAGCUGGCUAUGUGCUCAGCAAAAGGGCAGUGGAGCUGUUGGUCAGAGGAGCAGCUAAGAAGUGCCAACCAGGCGAUCGAGGAACCGAAGACUUCGAGAUGGGCAAGUGCCUACGCAUACUGAAGGUCAAAGCCGGCGACUCCCGAGAUCUUUACGGUCGACAUCGCUUUUUUUCGCUUUCCUUGGAACACUUUUUAAUACCAAGUCGUGGCGAAGAGGACUUUUGGCUGGGCAAAUAUCUCUAUCACUCGGCUGGAACGGGAAUGGAAUGCUGCUCCACCUAUUUGAUUUCAAUGCACAACGUAUCGCCCUACGAAAUGCACUUUCUGGAAACUAUUUUGUAUAAAUCCCGACCCUUCGGAGUAAUCGCUGAUCAUCCUCCCUUAAAAGUUUCAAGAAAAAUGAGAUUACUGAGAGAGCAGUAUGGUUUAUAGAUCGAUUUAAACAUUUAUUAUGUUUUAUAAUAUACAUGAUUUAAUUGAUAACGUUUCUAA